CGAAGAUGCCCAGGCUCUACCAUCCUCGAGCCUUGAAGCCGCUCAGUCCCGACACGCAGAGGGCAAUUUCCAAGUAUGUCUUGGAGCUCUAUGGCCCUCUUAAUGACACCAGGCCUGAAGACCAGGAGCCCAUGGAGGCAGAGCCCAAGGCACCAGCCCAGGAGGCAGCUCCUCCUGUCACACCGGAAGUCCAUCCUGAGGAGCAGGAGGCAGAGCUGGAGGCACCUCCACCUCCAGAGCUUCCACCACCUCCAGCAGCCUCUCCAGCUGCAGCUGUGGAGCCAGGGCCGGCCCCAGACCAAACCGAGGCCCCACCACCACUGGAGGAAGAACCCUCCCUGGAGCCCAUGCUGGUUCCUGCCUCAGAGCAGGAGCUGCCUGUGGAGGGCCCAGCUCAAGGGCCCAAGGCACCAGCCCAGGAGGCAGCUCCUCCUGUCACACCGGAAGUCCAUCCUGAGGAGCAGGAUGCAGAGCUGGAGGAUAAACCUGUCUGUUAA